GAGGAGGAAAAGAGACAUUACAGUGAUGAGAUUCAAAACGUAUCCAAGUACCUUUAAGGACAAUGCAAUUUAUAAUAAACAGGUUGGUCAAGUCUGGAGCUGCCUCAUUGACCCCAACAUGUAACCUAAACUAUUAAAAUGUUAUAAUUUUUACAAGCAAGAUCUAAUGACAUGGGGCAGUAACAUGAGAAAGAGAAAUUACACAAUGGUUUUUCUAUCUAUCAUCCAUCCAUGAAGAAAGCUAGAUUGUUUUUAUUUGUAUUUUUAAUAACAGAUCUCUUGGAUCAAAUUAAUCAGAGUUGUGUUGGGUUUGAACAAAAGGGCUAAUGUUGGCAACAACAAUUGCAACAGCUUGAGUGGUUACCUUUGAGGGCUAAAGCCAUACAAGUACAACUCAGUGGGGUACAUGAUAUUUUAAGUUUCAUUGGGUUGGGGGAACUAAUGUCCACCAUAAUAGAGCUAGUGUUGCUCACCUAGGUUUAAUAGCAACAUCACAUUUAAUACCGACAUGGUAUUCAACCUUGGAGAGCACCGUAAAACAAUUAAGUAACCACUACUAUGUUAGAAACAAGGUCAAAUUGUGUUAUGGGAAAUUUGGAAGUGUAAGCUUAUCAUACUAGCAAUAUUGUGUAAUUUUUAUAACUUAUUUUUUUCUGUUGGACUUGGAGUGAUUUUAUUGAUCAUAAUUUAGGUAUUUAUCAUGUUGGUUUACUAGUAAAAGCUAUCUGAUCACCUGACCUGGAUUUAAUGUCUUCCUUCUUAUUAUGUCAAUAAACUAUAAAUAUGAUGUUUGACAAACCAAUCCCAACUCAAGGUCCACUUAUUAGCUUUUUCUGGAGCUUUCAAUUGCAUCAUGGGAUUUUUUUGACAGACAUUUCCAAGCUCAAAAAUUCUUCAUGCUUAACUCUUAAGCCGACAUGGGCGAGAAGUCCUAAAAGUGCUUUGGAUUAAAUCACAGCUACUAACUCUGCUUGCAUGUCAACAGAUACAUCUCCAUGACGGUCGAAAGCUCAGGAAAAAGCAAUGCCGGCUCUGGCCCAGGCUGCAGCUAUGCCUCUGCUGGAAGAGACCACUCGGCCAAAAGAGCACCCACCCACUGUGCCCGUGGUCAUCAUAGGCAAUGGGCCAUCAGGUAUUUGUCUGUCCUACCUGCUGAGUGGAUACAAGCCCUACCUAGAUACUUCAACUGUCCACCCAAACCCGAUACUCUACAGGAAACUGCAGGAGACCAAGCAACUGCCCAUCACUGAACAAGAUCUGGAAUAUUUGAGUGAAGGUCUCGAAGGGAGGUCAAGGAACCCUGUGGCUGUGCUUUUUGACACACUACUGCACCCCAAUGCUGACUUUGGCUAUGAGUUCCCCCCUGUCCUUCAGUGGAGGAGGGACAAGCAGCAACACAUCCCACAUCUGGUGCUGGGGAGGGCAACACCUGGAGGUGCCUGGCAUGCAAUGGAAGGCUCCAUGCUGACUAUUAGUCUUGGCAUCUGGAUGGAGCUUCCCGGGGUUAACUACAGAGACUUGACCAAUGGGAAACGCAGGGAUGUAACCAGUGACAGAGCCACCCCAGAGGAGAUCUCAUCCUAUUACCGUAACUAUGUGAAACUAAAGGGCCUCCAAAAGAAUUUUGUUGAUAACACCUACGUGACCUCUGUCCAGAAACUCUGCCGGGGGCACGAGGGGGAAGGUCUGGAAAAUAGGCACACUGAUCAAAGAGAUGGAGGGAUGGGAGAUGGUGGGAAUGAAGGCUUUGAGGGAAAUGGAGUUGAGUGUCUAAACAAUGGAGGAGGGGGAGCUCUCUGGGAAGUAAGGGGAUACCAGCAGGUGCAGAACGACACUCAUGUCCCCUUCUCUUUGUUUGCUGAGAAUGUAGUUCUGGCCACCGGUGCGUCCGAUUCGCCAGUUCGAUUAGGUGUAGAGGGUGAGGACCUACCAUUUGUAUUCCACAGCAUCUCAGACCUGGGUUUGGCCGUAAGCCGGAGAAAACUGGAUAUGAACUCUGAUCCGGUUUUAAUUGUAGGUGCCGGUUUAAGCGCUGCAGAUGCAGUUUUGUGCGCUUGUAACAGCAACAUUAGAGUGCUGCAUGUCUUUCGUAAGAACAUAGAUGACCCAGACAUCAUCUUCAAACAGCUGCCUAAGACCCUGUACCCAGAGUACCACAAAGUCUACAACAUGAUGUGCUCUCAGACGUACACGGAUGUGGCUCCCUCCUCUGCUUCAAACAGACCCCAGGCAGUUAGUAUUGCCUUUUCAGUAUGUGCCAAGAUGUGCCCCAAGCCCCAACUUGCCGCAAGUAACAUGGCUGGUAAUGCCAGUGUGAGCCUGUUUCCUGACUACACCAGUUUCCCCGAACACUGUGUGGUGUCCCUCCAGUCUGACAUGAAGUGUUUGCUGCAGGGGAACAACUCCCUCAAGGCAUUCAAAAUCUCCAUGGCCCUAGUGCUGAUUGGGACCAACCCAAACUUGUUUUUCUUGAAGGGGCAGGGCCAGUACCUGGGUCAGGAUCCAAUGAAACCCAUCUCCUGCAAACAGAACCCCAUUGACAUCCACCCCUACACUUUUGAGUGUACCAAGGAGCCAGGUCUGUUUGCCAUGGGCCCGCUGGUGGGAGACAACUUUGUUCGCUUUUUGAAGGGUGGCGCUUUAGGCAUCGCCUCCUGUCUGCUGAAGAGACUCAAGAAGAAAGGGAAGUUCAUCAGCAAUGGAGGGAAUAACUUCAUUUGAAAACGUGAUGGAAAGAAGAGCAGUACACAUUGGUCGUUUAGCACAGAUUUCAAGCACUCUUACCAACUGAUAUAGAAGAGUUUUAAUCAUUAAUUCAGUGUUUUCUCAUCAAAGCUUAGGCAUUUUACAACUUUCUGAGACCAAAAAGACAAUGGAUGUACACUAAUUAGUUUCUAAAGAAACAAAUGACAGCUUUUAAGAGUCUUGUCUGACUUCAUAAGAAGUCCCCAUAAGUCCAAGCUACUGUGUGCCAAUGUUUUCUAGUCAAUCUAGACUGAAUGGGACCUUAUUUUCAUCAGGGUUAUUUAUUCGUUCACCAUGUGUCUUUCAAUCCAUUUACUAACAAUACUUACAACUUGUAUCACACUUUUAAGUCUUAUUUUAGCCUUUCAGAGAGGGAAUGCUCAAAAGUAGAGGCCACUACGCUCAUUCUCCAUGCAACAUACGACAGCUAUGUGUAAGUGAUUAACACUUGCAGAGCAAUCUGUGGUCCCACUUACAAAGUUACGAUCAUCUGAAGUAAUACAAUCAUGACUGGUGAGUGUUUGCAACAGUAGAUGCACACAAGUUCAUGGAUAAGCAAUCUUAAUGUUCCUGAUUCUUCUGAGCUUACCAUUUUUUGCUUUUGUUUUUUACUUCGGAGGAUUCUUUGUUUAGCUGCUAUUGUAGGUCUACCUAAAAAAGUUAGAAAAGAAUAAUAAAUCUGACCUGUUUCUUUGAUUAUAGUGCUACUGAAAGGCUUUCUAUGCAAAUAAUUUUACUUGCAGAUCUGAAUGUAUUCUUUGGCAGCCAUUUCUGAUUUUACUGUUUGGAUUCAAGUAUCCUGGCAAAAGAUCUGGUCUAUAAAGGAUCAUUCUGGUGUUUGAAAUUUUCCUACCUUUUUAUUUAUUUCCAUACAGUAUAAACAUUUUAAGGAAGAAAAUCUUUGCAGUUUUUAUUUUUGUUUAGAUUUACAUUCAGAACAGCAAAUUUCAUAGCACAAGAGACUACAGUAAGAUUGAUAAUGUUUGCUUAUUGUUUUGUUUUUUUCUGGGUUUGAUUUUCUAGAAAUAUUGUGAAUGCUUCUGCCAUUUGACAGCUAACUUUCAAACUAAUUAACCCAUGCUUUAAACUGUUACUCCAAAAUGAUAUAUUUAGACAAAAUACGAUGGGCAUGGUGUUCAUUGAGAAGGUCCUUUAGCAGUAAAAUGUAAUUAAAAUAAAACAAGAAACACCAGUAUGGUCCUUUAAUUUAAUAACUGCCAAUUACAUCAUAACUAGAAUAUAGUGAAAAAGUAAUACAAUUCUUGCCUUAAUAAUCCAUUUAUCUAGACGCCACAAUUACAACAAUUAGGGCAAAUGUUCCUGUCAUUUUGGCCAGAGUCACUGCCAGCUCAUCUGAAUCUAAACUCAUAGAUACACAUGGAGAGAAAGGGCUUUGAAAAAGACAAAACAAAAAAAGCACACUUGCAGAAUACCAAUUUUUACAAUCAUACCAUCCAAAUCAUUUAUUUUUUAGAUUUUUAGCAAAAUAAAUCUUAGCAUCCUCUUUUAGUUUUAUAAUUACAUUAUGCCAUUUUUUUAACAUGUUGUGGCUAUCCUUAUGAAGGCUAACAUCUAAGCUCCAUCUUGGAACUAUUCAAUCAACUUGUGUCCAUGACUGGGCAAUAUGUCAAUGACUUAUUGUCUAUCCCUGUAGUCAACAUGGUACACAACUUUGUUUACUUAACACUACACAGCUAUUACCAAGUCAGACUACACCAACUAGGCACAUUUAAUGUGUUUUCCCCCCCAUACUGCCCAAAUUUUUCUUCCAUUUUUUAAUACGGCUUCACAGUAAACAGCCAAUAUUGUUUUGUUAAAUGCCAGUUUAGACAGAUUGUGAGCAGUGAAAGUAGCAAUCUAUUCUUCAUUUCCACUAUAUUUUCCUUCCUUUCAGUCAUUUAAACACUGUCUGCAAGAGUGUGAUGCCAUAUGCAUAUUUUGUCUGUAUGCCGCUCACGCACAGCUCAUGGUUUGUUUAUUGUGAUGUGACACUUUGAUCUUUGUGUAGGGAAAUUUUUCUUUUGCCCCCUUCAAUACAAUAUGGUAGUCAGUCAGUGUUGGGGGUAAUGCAUUACAAAGUAACAUGUUACUGUAGUCACAUUACUUUUUCCACUAACAAAGUAGUUUAAAACAUUGCUGUAUAAGUUUUGGUAAUCAUAUAACAGUUAACUAGUGAAAAUGUUACUUGUGUUAAAUAUUGAAUUUCAGCUGAAUUAUUCCUUGAUGCUUUUUUCACAGACUUCUGAGUAUUGUUUUGAUAUAAAUAUUAAAUAUAUGCAUGCAGGCAUGAAGCAUUGCCUAGCAGCAGCUGCUGUGAGCAGAAGAUAGAAAAGUGCUAUAUGAGAACAGACGUGGGAAGAGUUUUAAUCCAGUACAUUGAAGGACUGCAGAGGAGACUGGGUGACUCAAGAGUGGAGAUAACUCUUAUUAUUGUUUUGAAUUUACUUAAAGAUAAGAAUAUGAUCUUGUUACAUCCAGGUUGGACACAACUGUCCACUGCUGUCAACUCCAAGCGCAAUCUGCUUGCUUAAUAAAGCAAUGACAGGUUUAUUUUGUGUCCAUCCACAUAGUUUACAUAUUAGUACAGAUUUGUAUGGAUUUUAGAAAGAAACUUGCUAGUAGUAGUAAUAGUAGAAAAUUUGCUUUUAUCACAAAGUAAUAAGAAAAAUAAUCCCAUUGCAAUAGAGAAAAGAACUGUGUUUAAAGCUCAGUCUCCUUCCUUUUGGCACUCUGCUGCCCAUGAAAAAAACUUUUAUUACUGCAUAAUUCAUGCUGAAUGCACAGAAAGGCCCACUGAAGUUUUGGCAUGACGACUACUUAUCUGAACAGUUUCAGAUCUGUAAAAGUGCCUGUAGGGUUGGCUCAUCUGAGAUCGUUUAAGGAACGGCAACUUGAAUCCCUCUUAAGUUUGUACGUCAGCAAAAACCAGGGAACACAUUUGGUCUUAACUUCAAAGCGAAGGAAUUGCUGCUUUCAGCAUGUAGAGUUUUAAUGCUCUCUUGUACAAUUGAAGACUUUUUAAUGUUUUGUAUGCCGCAUUUUUUUUUAUUAUUGACAAAUAAAAACUGCGAAAAUCUCUGAA